AUGUACGUAAGAGCCAAGUUAGAGAAAGAGAAGCGCGCCGGCGUUCCUGCCGAGUCAGUCUUGCGACAAAAAGCGCCCGUUUCGCGCGAAAAAACCUCGAGACCUCGAGCCUACCUCAACAACUUGUUGUCGCUCUACCAUGCUUGGACUUUUCAGCCGGCAGUCGAGGAGAUCACCGAGAUGGCCACCAGUGCUUCUCCGCAAGAGCACGUCCGCGCCGCCGUUUGCGCCAUCCGGACAACCCGCGCUAGAGCCAGCGUCGAAGACCUCGAAGGUAUGAAGCUGGAGUCCGCUCUAUUGUCGCUAUUGAUCGCCACCGGUUCCGGUGGUUGGGGUUCCAGCGCCUUCAGGCUCCCGGGUGACCUGCGCCAGCUCGAGGAGCUCCUCCUGCCGCAGUUCCAGAGCCGGCUCGGGGCCGAGCGCGGCCUCCUUGAGGCCAUCAGCAUGCCUGACGUCGCGUCCUUCCGCAAAGCCGUUCUCGCGUGCACCGACCCCACCGCCGUCGUGACCAGCAUCAAAACGCUGCCGACCGAAGAUUGCGCCGACGCGUUGCGCCGCGAGGCUGGCAAGGCGGCACGCUAUCAUCCGACAGACAGCCACCCGCGCGAUCAGGUGCGCUUGACAUGUGCGGCAUGCGGCAAGAAGUGCCAAAGUCCCGCCAGCAACCUCUUCAAGGCGUGUCCCUGCAUGCUAGUUGCCUACUGUGGCACGGACUGCCAAGCUGCGCACUGGAAGGCCCACAAGAAGGAGCACUUCCGCACGGUCGGCAGGGGUAGUCUGGCUACCGCGAUAUAG